AGGAGCUUCCUGCGCGCGCGCGCUCCUCGGCACUGAGCGCUCGGGCUGGGAGGCGGGAGGUGCGUCAAGGUCAGCCUGGACCGGGGUGGCAGCCUGCCUAGGGGCGGGAGACCCUCCUGGGGAGCUGGGCUGCGGCCUCCAAGCGCCUCAGCCAUAUUGAAUAGCCACGGCUGAGCCGUCUUUGUCUGCGAAGUUCUCUCCCAAGUUCCAGGCACGUCCCUGGAACAGGAAGAGCCACCGGGCAGCCCCUGUAUCGCAGCUGCAGGCGGGACACCCGUUUGCAGCUUGCUGUGGGCUUGAAGCCUCAGGACUGACCUCAUCCCGGCUCACGUAAGCAUCCUGGAAAUUGAUUCCCACCAGUCCUUGAGGGGAGCGGGACUUGAUCAAGACCAGACUCGUUGCAGGCAGAGAAAUUGGGAGGUGAGACUCUCCCGGCGGCGCUGCCGAGACCCCACCCUCACCCCCCAAGACUCGGGGCUACGAGUAGUUUGGGCGCAUUGCCCCCACCACAGAUUUCACCCUGGAGAUUUUAAAGACCCUCGAGAAAAGCCAUGUGGGGGGCUGGUUCCCCUGGGGCUUCCUCCCGUCCCCCGACUGCCUGAUCCUCUGGAGUGUCCCCGACGUCUGCAAAGAUGUGGAUUUGGACGUCCUCGUGGAAGCCUUGAAGCCUGUGGGGACCUUUAAGAAGAUCGGCAAGGUGUUUCGCCGGGAGGAGGACUCCACAGUGGGAAUGCUGCAGAUCGGGGAGGACGUGGACUAUUUGCUCAUCCCCCGCGAAGUCCGGCUGGCGGGAGGCGUCUGGAGGGUCAUCUCGAAGCCCGCCACCAAGGAGGCGGAAUUUCGGGAGCGGCUGAUCCAGUUUCUGGAGGAAGAAGGCCGCACCCUGGAGGAUGUGGCCCGCAUCAUUGAGAAGAGCACCCCGCAUCCACCCCAACCCCCCAAAAAACCCAAGGGGCCCCGGAUGAGGAGAGUCCAGCAGAUGGUGACCCCACCUCCCCGGCUGGUCGUGGGCACUUAUGACAGCAGCAACGCCAGUGACAGCGAGUUCAGCGACUUCGAGACCUCCAGAGACAAGGGUGACAAGGGCCACAAAGGCACAGGGCAUGGCAGGAAGGUGCGCAAAAUGCCUGUCAGUUACCUGGGCAGCAAAUUCCUUGGGAGCGACCUGGAGAGCGAGGAUGAUGAGGAACUGGUGGAGGCCUUCCUCCGGCGAGGGGAGAAGAAGCCCAGCGUGCCGCCAGCCCGCCGCCGGGUGAACCUGCCAGUGCCCAUGUUUGAGGACAACCCGGUGCCCCAGCUGUCCAAAGCGGACAGGUGGCGGGAGUAUGUCAGCCAGGUGUCCUGGGGGAAGCUGAAGCGGAGGGUGAAGGGCUGGGCACCGAGGUCCAGCCCAGGGGUGGGUGAAGCCUGGCAGGCCUCUACCAGGUUGGAGAGGGAUGGUGCAUCAGUGCCACGCAGCGCCAGCCUGGGGGAUAAUGUGGGAAAUGCAGGAGAUGGGCCCGUGCCUGAGAGCCCUCCAAGACGGUGGAGGCCUAAGAUCAACUGGGCCUCAUUCCGGCGUCGCAGGAGAGAGGAAGCAGCAGCCAGAGUUCAGGGGGCAGAGGCUAUAGAUGAGCAGAGAGUGGAGGCUGUAGAUAAUCAGAGGGUGGAGGCUGUAGAUAACCAAAGAGCAGGGGCCAUAGCUGUCCAGGGGGCAGAGGCUCUGGACAAUCAGAGGGCAGAGGCCAUAGCUGUCCAGGGGGCAGAGGCUCUGGACAAUCAGAGGGCAGAGGCCCCAGCUGUCCAGAGGGUAGAGGCUCUGGACAAUCAGAGGGCAGAGGCCUCAGCUGUCCAGAGGGUAGAGGAUGCAGAUAAUCAGAGGGCAGAGGCACCAGAUGUCCAGGGAGCAGAGGCUGUAUCUGAUGGGGCAGAGGCCAUAUCUGACCAGAGGGCAGAAGCUGCAAAUAAUCAGAGGGCAGAGACCCCAGCUGUCCAGGGAGUUGAAUCCUCAGCUGCUGGGAGGGCCCCAGGGGUCACCCCAGGAUCUAGGACCCGGAAACAGGUCAAGACAGUGAGGUUCCAGACCCCUGGACGCUUUUCAUGGUUUCGAAAGCGCCGGAGAGCCUUCUGGCACACUCCCCGGUUGCCCACCCUGCCCAAGAGAGUCCCCAGGGCAGGCGGGGCUAGGAGCCUCAGGGUCCUGAGGGCUGAGGCCAGAGCAGAGGCAGAGCACGGAGAGCAGGAAGACCAGCUGUGAGGUGAGGGCAGGGGGGCCACAGAGGACCUCGCCACCUGCCACGGUAUGGGCCACUCAGGGUGCGUCCCUAACUCCGACACUUGGACAGAGAUGCUAUCUCCACACUUGAAAAUGGAGGUACAGCAAGGGCCUGGCAGUGCCCCGCACAUCUCCAUCUAACACCCCUCUUUCUUUUUUUUUUUUUAAAAUUGUAUCUCUCAUGCAUUGAUUUAAUUUUUUUUCACGUGGCUUGUGGGAUCUUAAUUCCCGGACCAGGGAUUGAACCUGGGCCCGGCAGUGAAAGUGCCAAAUCCUAACUACUGGACCGCCAGGGAAUUCCCCAUGCAUUGAUUUUUAAAAUAUAGACUCUUUAUAGUAACCCAAGGAAUGUAAAUAAAGAAACCCAUACAACGGGUUCGCAUCGCCCAUGAUUUUAACUUCUUCAUAUGCAAUUCUAGGUGCUCAGCUUGAAAAAGGGAGAGAGGUGAGGGAGAAAUUCCUUCCUCUUCUCCUUUUUCUUCGCCCUUUCGCCUGCACACUUAAACUCACUGCCUCCUGGAACUUAAAAAGAGGGCGCAGGUCAACAUGCAAAUAAAAGUGUUUACAAACUUA